CCAGUUAAGUGGCGCACCGUCCCUCCUCCUCCUCAUAUUGAGCCCGGAGCGCAGCAAAGCGCACAGAGGGAAUCCUCUCCAUCCUGGAACGAGCUGCAUUUCAACCCCGCUUCGUCAGUCAGCGCCCCAAAACUGCUCGUGCUCUGCAGUGCAGGAGGAGGGAGGUCUAAGUGGGAGUGUGUAGGUGUGUGUGUGUGUGUGUGUGUGUGUAGGGGGGACAUAUCUACACAAGAGGGAGAUGGGACCGGAGGCGUCAGGUAUUCGUGGUUGAUGAAUGAAGGGCAGCGAAGUUCUUCUGCUCAUCUCGGAUCUUUCUUUCAGGACUCUGUGUGUGUGAUUGCGCGUUCAGCAUGAGUAACAUCUAUGAGUCUGCAGAGGCCACGCUGGGCUUCAUUAGUUCUCCAUGCCUGACCAAAGUGGAGCUGAGAGUGGCCUGCCGAGGGAUCUCAGACCGCGAUGCCCUCUCCAAACCAGACCCGUGUGUCGUGCUGAAGAUGCAGUCACACGGCCAGUGGUUCGAGGUGGACCGUACAGAAGUGAUCCGCAGCAGCAGUGGUCCGGUCUUCUCUAAGGUCUUUCUGGUAGAUUACUACUUCGAGGAGGUCCAGAGGCUACGAUUUGAGCUGCUAGACAUCAGCUCUGGCAACAAUGGCCUCCGUGACGCGGACUUCUUGGGAGCCAUGGAGUGCACCUUGGGACAGAUUGUCUCACAGAGGAAACUGACCAAAGCUCUACUCAAGCAAGGAAACACUACUGGAAAGUCCUCAAUAAUGGUGACAGCAGAGGAGUUGUCGGGGAAUGACGAUUACGUUGAACUCUCUUUCAGCGCUCGGAAGCUUGAUGACAAGGAUUUCUUCAGUAAGUCAGACCCUUUUCUGGAAAUUUUCAGAGUGAAUGACGAUGGGACUGAGUCGCUUGUACAUCGAACUGAGACAGUGAUGAACAACCUGAGCCCUGUUUGGAAAUCCUUUAAAGUUUCCUUGAACACUCUUUGCAGUGGUGACCAUGACAGAGAGCUAAAGUCUACAGUUUGGGACUGGGACUCCAAUGGCAAACACGACUUUAUUGGAGAGUUUCAGACCACUUUUAAGGAGAUGAUGAGGGCAGAGCAGGAGGGCAAACAGAUCCAGUGGGAAUGCAUUAAUCCUAAAUAUCAGAUGAAGAAAAAGAAUUACAGAAACUCUGGUACUGUAAUACUCAACCACUGCAAGAUCAUCAAAAUGUACUCUUUCUUGGAUUACAUCAUGGGAGGCUGCCAGAUUCAGUUCACGGUGGCCAUCGACUUCACAGCAUCCAAUGGAGAUCCGAGAAAUAGCUGCUCCCUCCAUUACAUCCAUCCUUACCAACCCAAUGAGUACCUCAAAGCACUGGUGGCUGUAGGGGAGAUCUGCCAGGACUAUGACAGUGAUAAAAUGUUCCCUGCAUUUGGUUUUGGAGCUUUGAUACCGCCAGACUUCAAGGUUUCACAUGACUUUGCUGUGAACUUUGAUGAGGAAAAUCCAGAAUGUGCUGGGAUCCAAGGCGUGGUGGAGGCCUAUCAAAACUGCCUUCCUAAAAUCCAGCUGUACGGGCCCACCAACAUCGCCCCAAUUAUCCACAAAGUGGCCUCCUCAGCCUCCGAGGAGAUGCACACCAAAGAGGCCAUGGAAUACUUCAUCCUGCUAAUCCUGACAGACGGAGUCAUCACUGACAUGGCGGACACUCGGGAGGCUAUCGUGCAUGCCUCUCAUCUGCCCAUGUCUGUCAUUAUCGUUGGCGUGGGCAACGCCGACUUCACUGACAUGCAGAUCCUUGACGGCGACGAUGGGAUCCUGCGUUCCCCCAAGGGCGAGCCAGUUCUCCGGGACAUCGUCCAGUUUGUCCCCUUCAAGGACUUCAAACAUGCCUCUCCGGCUGCUUUGGCUAAGAGUGUUCUAGCAGAAGUCCCGAACCAAGUGGUGGAUUACUACAAUGCGAAAGGAAUCAAACCUAAGUGUAUAUCGGACUACGAGUCCUCAAGAACCUUCAGCCCCUGACAAUGUAUUACAUGCAACAUAUUUCUAAUCAAACACUCAUAUAAAUAUAUAAGUUUCAGGGGUAUAAUGAUAAAUCCAGUUGAUGAGAUUAGAUAAGAUGACACUUAAUCUGUUCACAACAACGAGGUGAGACAAUAUUUUGGUAAUAGUCUUGGAAAUCAAAUUUUCUGCAUAAAGCAACACUGUAUAACUUUUGGCCCAAUUAUCAGCUUAAUUAAAGGAUUUUUUUAGGUAAAUAUAAAUACUCAGUAUAGCAUGUAUCUAACUCCAGAGGGUUGGAUCUGAUGUGAUUCAAAGCGGCGCUUUACGGCAGUCUGAGCUCUGUAUAAAUCUGAGCAUUAACGAAGAUGAAUUUUGUUGCUUAGCAACAAAGACAUACUUUUGUUUCCCUGUUGAGAGGUGAAUGUGGCCUUGUCUUUAAAGGUAACUAAGGGCGCUAAUCCUGGAAGUUGCAGGUCUAGCACCCCUAGUGGCUAAUAGUUACACAGUGUUUCUUCUUACAUUUGAGGUUAUUAUGCUUGUCUGAUUAUUUGAAGAUAUGGCACCUUGAAAAAUUAAAUUAAUUACUUUUUGUGCUUUUGCAAUUGAAUGAAAGUUUUAUUAAUCCUAAUUAAGUUUUACAGAAUCUCCACCCAGUGUAGAAAUAUCGAUUUCUGGUUUGAAUUUUCAAGUAUUUUAGAUUUUGAUCUAGAAAUGAAAUGUAAUCUGUAUUUUCCUUUUAUUCUCUACGUCUUUAAGGUGCUGUCUCACAGAUUCCUACCUUGCCAUGUAUGUCCGGUAUCUAAACCUGGGUUUUAUGAAGGUGUUAAUUCAAUUAAGUAGAUUUCAUGAAACAAUAAGUCCUGUCAUGCCUUUGAAGUAUGAAUGUCCUUUUUUGAUACCUUUCUGGUUUUAAUAGUAUGUACUGGGAUCAAGACUGUUGAAUUCACAGUGUAUAUCUGCAAUAUGACAUAGUAGGUUAUAUUUUACAUUAAAUCAUUGUGUUGUUGUGAUGUGUUUUUAAAUUCAAAGAUCAACCCUUAGGGAAAUAAAUAACAAUUCUCUAUAGGUGACCAAAGGUGGCCAGAUAAAAAAUUAGCUGCAAUAAUGAGAAAAUAGUCUUGUAUAGUAUUUUGCAUCAUUAAUAUUAUGUUAUUUUUUUCAAUAUGUGCUUACAGAUACAGAGCCACAAGUGCUCUGAAGGUGGCAUACAAUUACUCCAUACAAGGCAUGUUAGAGCUGUUGGUAUCAUGCUUCAUGAUUAUUUGACAUAUCUAAAAAAGUUUGGCUUCGCUGGUAAUCAAGUAAUUUAGUCUGUAGAAUUACAUGUCUAAGAAUGCCCGAUUAGAGCAAUAUUAGGCUCUGGCAGCUCAUCCUUGUGUGCCAUGAAAACACAAGGCAAUAAACCUAUACUGUAACUGGGGUAUGAAGUUUAGGUCCAGUAGGAACCUGUGAAGCAGACCCUAAAUGGGCAUCGUUAGUGGCAGUUAGCCAGAUGGGGUAUAGCGACACUGCUUUAAGAACUUGUUUGAAUCUUGUCUCUUAUUGUUCUUAUGUUCUUUUGUGGAGCUAAAACCCU